UGAGCUUCGACAGCCAAUCUUGAACACAUUCAUACAGAGCUCAAUUCGGCGCAUAAGUACACUCAAAGAUAUAGCGCGCACUCUCUAGUCCAGUGCACCAUCCAUGCAAUUAUAUCACUAAAGCACGCCGUACAACGAUCCCAACGCCUCGGCCCAACAAAAGUAGCGGCAUAAUCUAGCAGUGAACAUCGAAUACAAUAACAUCAGAUACGACACAACGAUGAUCUCAAUCUCAAUACCAUCCCUCAGCAACCUAAUCCCAUGGCGCGACCGCACACCCUUCACCACUCCUCCGAUGCAGACCCACGAAAUCGAUACAGCGCAAGAGAGACCCGCCCGCGCGGUAAAACACAUGCUGAAGCUGAACCAUGCCAACUACAGCCUGCUGCGGUCUGAUGGCGCCCACCGCAACCAAAUGCCUCAUGUGUUGGGUGCGUAUUUCCUCCUCGGCGCUGAUGCGAAUGCUUUGGAUCGCGCCUGGGAAGCGGAGUCGAAGGCCCUUGAGCCGUGGGUUGAUUCUCCGGCGGAGAUCAGCACGUAUGACUGGAGGGACUUUUUAGGGAAGAGAGAAUACCAACGCGCUUUUCUUGAUUUCUUCGAAGACCAGCUCGUCGUUAAUUACGCCUAUGAUUGGAGAAAGCUCGUCUCGGACUACUUAUUUACUGGACAGGAGCCGCUUUUCAAAGCGUUAUGCUCAGGACUCGGCCACACAGCCCUCCACCUCUCCACGGCAUUCGUCCUCUCCAGCAGGGAAGUAGCAAUGGAGACUCUCGCCCUAGCAGCGUCAACAAUGACCACAACAGCCAACACCGACCCCCCAACCCUAAGACACACCCAUCCCCAACAGCCAACCUACCACUCGACCUCCUUCCAAGAGAUUCUCACCACCGCCCACAAAGACAAGCGCUUCUCCACCGCCACCCCCACGAACGACGAAGACGCAGAAUCCAUCCUCCUAGACCACUACCACGCCUGGACCCUUGACUCCCAAAACGCAGACGCACAGCUCCGCGAAGCGCUCGACGUAGCCGCCUCCCUCGCUGCGUCCAGUCCUAGCCCGUCAUCGCCCGACACCCCAUCCAUCCUUAACAUCCUCGUCGCCGCCCACGCUGUCCGAGUCCUCAUCCCACUCAUCCCGGGCCGCUUCCACGAGCGCCUCCUCCGGCAGUGGUGGCUGCUCACGCUGCGGGUCUACGUUGCGCAGGGGCGUCCGGAGCUCUUGAGCCGUGUCAGUGUGCAAGAGGAGGAGCAUGACCUGGACGGUCGCAACUGGGGGUGGGCUGCUGCGCGGUGUGUGCAGGGCCCGCGUGUAGACGCGCUCUCCGCGCAAAGUGUCCUUGCGCUCAAGGAGGCGGCGGGGACUUGGGGGGAUGCUGAUGGGCUCUAUUUGAGGGCUGCGGUGCGGGUUGUGAAGGGUUUGGCGGCGUAGGUCUGUGGCGUUUUCAGCUUAUAUUUGCAUAUUACAUUUAAUUUUGGUAGUCUAUUAUAUCUGCGUGUAAUUGUGAAUGUGAAUGUACUUGUAUAGAUCGAUCUGAUGAAGUUAUUGCCUGAGGCAUUAAUAUAUUCAGUAUCACGUGCAGGUGCUUAGGUGCUGGGUUUGCAGUGUUUGUGCGCAGCUCCAGAUAUUCUC